CUCCUCGUCUUUGCUCGAUCGUCUUUUUCACUCCCCUCCUUCUCGUGUGUCGACGUGUCCCCUGACGUCCAGCUGGGCCUCGACAGCACCAGGCUGCACAGAAUCAACGGCGUCAUCGUGCUGCUGAGUUUCCUCAUCUGUCGGAUCCUGAUCUUCCCGUUCAUGUACUGGAUGUACGGCCGGCAGUUUGGGAUUCCUCUCCACAGAGUGCCUUUCCGUCUGCCUCUGCAGUGCAACGUGGGUAACCUGGUGAUCCUGGCUCCACAGAUCUACUGGUUCAUCCUGCUGCUGAAGAAAGCCAACAGACUCUACCUGCGACAGAGAACAGGGACGGCAGACGGGAACAACGACAGGCCAAAGACGGACUGAGUCUGACAGUUUAUGAAGAAACUGACACUAAAGAUGUGACACAGUAUUAGAAAAAACAAGCAAACAAACAAAAAAAAACAGGUUUGAAGUUACGAUAAUAUGGGGGUUUAUGAGAUGAAUGUUUUGAGGGGAAAAGUGUUGGUUUUCAUUAAAGUUAUACUAAUUUGAGAAAAAUAAUACAUAAUACAAAUAUCUGAAGAUUUUCUCGGGUUUUUCUUUAAACCCUGUUUCUGUCAUAUAUAUUUUUAAAAACUUUAUUCUUACUUUAAAUAUUGAUUUUUUUGCCGGACAUUUUGAAAAAAACAUUUCAAUAUUUAAUUUUUCUUCUAAAUAUUUGACGUUAUUGUCAGUCACGAUUUUCCCCUUAGAUAUUCUCUCGAAACAUCCCAAGUUUUCUCCCUGAAAUUCAAUUUUCUAAAAUAUUUUUUUCUCUAAAUUUGACUUUUUACUGAGAAAAGUUUAACUUCAGAAUAUUUAGAAUUUUCUUAAAAAUUUUCGACUUUAUUCUACCCUAAUGUAUCAUCAUAAUGAGGAGUUCAGGGUUUAUUGUGCACUACAUCAUUAUAAAGCUUUUUGACUGUGAGUUUUGUGUUUGUCAGCAGGUAAUUAUGUGACAAAACUGCCUUAAAUGUUCAGCUAUUUUACUACAUUGUUGAAGCUUUACUAAAUAGUCCAAAUGCAGAGAAUAUUUUUGUACAAAUAAAUACUCUUGUGACUUGAUGAAA